AUGCUGAGACGCGGUCUCCUAAGGAGACUCAAUUGCAAAGCGGAACGCUCUCGAGUCUUCCUAUCGCCAUUCUCUAUCAGGAACUAUAACGACGCAAAUUUGACACAACCUUUGUGGUAUUCUAUUGCCUCGUCGACAAAGCCAUUCUCACAUCAGUCGUGGCAUACUCAAAACUCUGAAUCUGUUUCCGGAUUACCAAUCAUAGAUGACACCAUCUAUGCUCUAUCAACGGCACAGGGUCGGGCCGGUAUUGCAGUAAUUCGCAUCUCCGGCCCAUUAUGUCUUGAGAUAGUGCUGGACUCAGAGGCUCUUGUCCUUUACUUUCCUAGCCCCAAGACUGUUACUGGUGACGAUGUUUUGGAGUUGCACGUUCAUGGAGGAUCAGCCACCGUAAAAGCUGUGUUAGCAGCCAUUCCGAGAUGUUCCGCUACACAUCGUAUUCGAUACGCAGAGCCCGGCGAGUUUACGAAGCGCGCCUUUUUCAACGACCGCCUAGAUCUUGCUCAAAUUGAAUCCCUGAGUGACACCCUGGCAGCUGAAACCGAACAGCAACGUCGUGCAGCUGUGCGAGGCAAUUCAGGUGCUCUUGGACGACAAUACGAGGCAUGGAGAGAGCAGCUCUUGUUGGCUCGUGGUGAGAUCGAAGCAUUGAUCGACUUUUCUGAAGACCAGCACUUCGACGAGUCCCAGGCUGAUUUGUUGCAGAAUGUGACUGCGCAAGUUGCCAGGAUGCUACACAGCAUUGAGCUGCAUGAGCAGGGAAGUCAAAGGAGCGAGCUUUUGCGGAAUGGAAUUCGUAUAGCGUUGUUAGGGCCACCCAAUGUUGGUAAGAGCUCGCUUAUGAACCUGAUCGUCGGGCGCGAGGCAUCUAUUGUGUCCGGUGAAGCAGGCACAACGCGAGAUAUCGUCGAGGCAAGCUUAGACAUUCGCGGCUAUUUAUGUUCAUUUGCAGAUACGGCAGGUUUUCGCUCCAAAGGUUCCCGGGUGAUCAACGGGGCUGAUAGUGGCGCAAUUGGGGCCGUGGAGGAAGAAGGUAUACGGCGAGCAAAACAACGAGCUCAGGACUCUGAUCUUGUUAUAGUCCUAGCAUCCGUGGAGGACGGCCAGGAUGGGCCAUUUCUGCAAUACGACCAAGAAACGCUCGAUCUCGCUGCGGGAGCGGAGGACUGUGUCGUCGUUAUCAAUAAACAAGAUGCAAUUGAGAAGGAAGAAUUUGAGAAACUGGUUCAGGAUUUCAAAAACACUGUUCGAAUUCAAGCCCCCAAACUAGCGGCGGCGGAGUUCGUGUCCAUAUCGUGUAAAGAGGCUCAGGCAGGAACAUGGGAAAGCAAGGAUCCUGGCGGUAUCCAGGCUGUGAUCACCAAGCUCGUGGCAUCCUUUGAGAAGAUGACAUCCAUGCCUGUCGAUCUUCAGGAUCUGCUAGGCGUUACAGAGCGUCAGCGCCAGCUCCUCGUCAAGUGUCGUCAACACUUGGAGGACUUCAUGACGGAGGCUGCCCCUGAAGAGGGCUUGGAUGCCGAUGCCGUGCUUGCUGCCGAGUAUCUGAGGUAUGCUGCGAAUUGCCUUGCACGGAUCACGGGGCGGGAUGAUUUUGGAGAUGUUGAGGAUGUACUGGGUGUUAUCUUUGAAAAGUGA